AUUCAGUUUAUACGGCUUAGGUAGCAAGCACUGGAGAAUAUGUUGUCCGCAAUCCUCAUGCUCGCUGUGUUCGCAGUAGCGAUUUACUUCUGGUUGACCAGAGACUACGACUACUGGAAACGUCAAGGUGUGCCUUGCAUGGAGCCGAGGGCGCCUUUCGGCAACAUAGCCGACCUAGUAUUAAUGAAAAAAACGGCUGGAGAAGUGUACAGGGACAUUUACAGGCAAUUCCCCGGGAUGCAGGCCGGUGGCUUUUUCAAAUUCUUCGAGCCCACUCUGAUAUUACGCGAUCCGGAAUUGGUCAAAGCGGUCAUGGUCAAAGACUUCUCGAAAUUUCCAAAUAACGAUUUUCAAAUCAGCAAAGAAGUCGACCCUCUUCUCGCCAUCAACCCUUUCGCUGUCCAAGGGCCCGAAUGGAGAGAAAUAAGGGCUAUUCAACUCCCUGCUCAAUCUUCGAGCAAGUUGAAAGUUAUGGUUCCCGAUAUGAUCAACUGCUGUACUCAAAUGAUUAAACACAUAAGAAACAACAUCAACCAAAGUUUCGAGGCUAAAGACAUUUCGAGUUGUUACACAGGGGAUACCGUUGCAGCAUGCGCUUUCGGACUUAAAUCGGACGCUUUUUCAAAACGCGAAGAGGCUUUCGGUGCUGUGACAAGCGGUGAAGUCUUCGGCGCAAAUUACUUAGCAAAUUUUUCAAUCCUCUGCGCCAUGGUCGCACCGACCUUGGGAAAACUUUUGAAACUGAGAGUGAUACACAAAGAAGUGGAAGACUAUUUUGUGAAAGUCAUUGCCGCCGCUUCAGAAUACAGGAUCAAAAACGGUGUCAAAAGAAACGAUUUUCUCCAGCAGUUGAUCGACACUAACACCAAAUCCGUUAACGGAAAACCAGUUUACGACGAUGUCGAAAUGGCCGGCCACUGCAUGACUUUCUACAUGGAUGGCUAUGAGACGACCUCGAUCCUCCUGAGCUUCACGCUCUACGAGCUCGCCGCCCAUCCGGAGAUACAAGAAACGCUAAGGGAGGAGAUUUUCGCCGUGUCAGCGGAUAUCAACGAGUUCGACACGACGAAAAUAAACAGAAUGUCUUACCUUGAUAACGUUAUAUCAGAGAGCUUAAGACUACACCCUCCGCUCCAGUCUAUUACAAGAGUGUGCACGCAGAGCACUUCUCUCUUCGCUUCGGAUGGGAAAGAAUACAAGAUCAGAAAAGGAAUGUCCGUCGUGAUUCCAAUUUACGCCCUACAUACAGACCCAGAAUACUUUGAGGAUCCGGAGGAAUACCGGCCGGAAAGGUUCAGCAAUGAUAACCGUGACCUAAUACGAAAGUUUACAUAUGUACCGUACGGCGAGGGGCCCAGGAUUUGCAUCGGCAUAAGGUUCGCGCUGAUCCAGGUCAAACUCGCUAUUAUUUCCAUUCUGCUCAACUACAGGAUAAUGCUCCGGGACAAGCUCAAAGGGCCUUUGAGAUUGGAUCCGAUGUGCAUGUUUCUGAGCACGUCAAAAGACGGUCUAUGGAUUAAAUUUGAAAAACUCAAAUUGAACAAAUGAGGCAAAACAUCGGGUUUUAAAUGUAUGAAAUUAAAAUCACCCAGCCGCCUUUCGGAUGGGAGGUAAUUCUCUUAAAGUUCCAUGGAUUUGACAAUCAAGUUGGUUCUAUUGUCAACCGUGGGCAUACUUUAAAACAAAAUACAAGAAAAUUACCUAAGAAUUAAAAGCGUCAUUAGAUGAGCUUAUUUUGGGGCAAACUCCUCACCUAUUUUCUUAUCAAGUGAUCCGUUGUACCUCAUCAAUAUACACGGAUGUACGACACCAAUAUGCCAUAAUUUUAAUUCUUAAUUGUAUCAAAUGUUUAUUUAAUUGAUCAACUUCAAUCAUGCUAUUGAAUUAAUAACUAUUGAUUAUAUUAUUGAAUAAGUUAAAAUCAUCGAAUUUAAGAUUAAUUUAGAAACAAUUAUUUUUAAGAUUUAUACAUUA